GGAACUGUCAUCGUGUUCCCGGUUCCUUGAAUGCUUUUACAGCGAAGUCACAUACCAACAUCCUGAACGAGCAAGUUUCGGCUGCCGACUGAACCACUUGCGAUAUGACCCGCACACGAUACUGCGGAUUAGUGACGACGGCUCUGGUUUGUGGCGAAGACUGAUGCCAGAUUUCUACUCGGUGCGACGGGACGACACCCUCAGUCACGCGUUCCGGAGGAUGUACCGCCAGCGAGCGUGGGCUUUCUUCGACGACGACGAUCUAUACCACAACGGAUACACGCUGCCUACCAUCGAGGAGUUCAUCAAAGACGAGCUCCGACUCCAGUCAAAGCGUGGAAAUACCCGUACCGCACGUUUUCGAGGCCGCGGGUUCGUGCAAACGAUGCGAAUGGACAUGUUUGAGAGUCCCAGUCGCAAGCUUCUCAAGAAUGGCGCGAAGAACUACCCGGCGUUGAUGGACAAGGUGAAGGUGGCAUUUUGGGACCAAGAUCUCCUUAAUUGUCCCCAGUUGUGACUUUUAAUGAUGGCCUAAGUAAUGCCACCAUAUUAUAUUUUGCAGUGAGAGAAUCAAGUCACGUUUGAAAGCAUAGGUGCCAUGUCACCCGUGUGGACGGCGAUUCUAAACGGGAGGAUUGGGAAAUGGAUAAGCGCAAGGAGGUGGAUAAGAAAGACUAGGAAGACGAUAAUGAGAAGGAACGAAAGAUAAUCAUGUUGAUAUCGCGGAACCACAAUUGGAG